GGAGCUGAUCAGUUCUAUUUCAACUAUUAAAUUAUAAAGUUCACUUUAGUUCACUGAAAUGCAUCUAUACAAAAAAGCGUUAACCGUGGUUUUAGUAGCCUCCAUUUUGUUGGUAACGGUAAACGCACUAACCAUUCAGGAAUUACGAGCUCAAAUUGCACAACAGCGCAUUCAACAACGGUACGGCAUAACUGAACCAACUACAACUUCUAGUAGUGGCACAACUUCGAGUGCAUCUUCAACCGAAAGUACAACCAAUGCGACAACUACGACUACCAGCACCACCUCCACCACCACCACCACUACCACCACAACCACAGAGUCAACCGUAGCAAAUGACGCGUCUACUAACAGUACUGAGGCGGCAACUACUGCUGAGUCUACUACCGCCGAGUCUACUACUGCCGGCUCAUCCAGCACCGGUACAACGAGUGUUGAGGCCGGAUUAAUAGCUCAAUACCGUGACCAAGUGCGACAGCAAGCUAUUCAGCGUGCCUUGGCAAGGGCAGCCGCAUUAGGGUGAAUUGUUUCACGCUCAUCUGAUCGAUAUGAUUUAAAUUAUUUUCCAAACAAAAAGAUAAUAGGACACUUGUAUGUACGGGGUGUUUAAUAAGUUCGAAUACACUAUUAAAAUUUGUUUAAAAAAUUAAA